GCUGGAAACGCAGUUCCGGUUAGGAGGCUGAGUUUGUUUACGUUGCUUACAGAUCUAGCUCCUGCAUUCCCUAGUUUCAGUUCCAAGAUGGGGAAAUCCUUCGCCAACUUCAUGUGCAAGAAAGACUUUCAUCCUGCCUCCAAAUCCAAUAUCAAAAAAGUAUGGAUGGCAGAACAGAAAAUAUCAUAUGAUAAGAAGAAACAAGAAGAAUUGAUGCAGCAGUAUCUUAAAGAACAAGAAUCAUAUGAUAAUAGAUUGCUUAUGGGAGAUGAACGUGUAAAGAAUGGCCUUAAUUUCAUGUAUGAAGCCCCUCCAGGAGCUAAAAAAGAAAACAAAGAGAAAGAAGAAACAGAAGGAGAGACCGAAUACAAAUUUGAAUGGCAGAAAGGAGCCCCACGAGAAAAAUAUGCUAAAGAUGACAUGAACAUCAGAGAUCAGCCCUUUGGUAUUCAGGUUCGAAAUGUAAGGUGCAUUAAGUGUCACAAAUGGGGUCAUGUCAACACAGAUCGAGAAUGUCCUUUGUUUGGUCUUUCUGGAAUCAAUGCAAGUUCGGUUCCCACUGAUGGCUCAGGGCCAUCGAUGCACCCCUCGGAGCUAAUAGCGGAGAUGAGAAACAGUGGGUUUGCACUGAAACGAAAUGUACUGGGGAGAAACUUGACCGCAAAUGAUCCAUCACAGGAGUAUGUUGCAAGUGAGGGUGAAGAAGAUCCAGAAGUUGAAUUUUUAAAGUCACUAACAACCAAACAAAAACAGAAACUUCUCAGGAAAUUAGAUCGACUGGAGAAGAAAAAAAAGAAAAAAGAUAGAAAAAAGAAAAAGUUUCAGAAAAGCAGAAGUAAACACAAAAAACAUAAGUCCUCUUCUUCCUCGUCUUCCUCCUCCUCUUCCUCUACUGAGACUUCAGAAAGCAGUAGUGAGAGUGAGAGUGACAAUAAAGAAAAAAAAAUACAAAGGAAGAAAAGAAAGAAAAACAAGUGUUCAGGGCAUAACAACAGUGAUUCUGAAGAGAAGGACAGGUCUAAGAAGAGAAAGCUUCAUGAAGAACUUUUUAGCAGUCACCGUAACCGGGAAAAAGCCAAGGAAAAGCCCAGGUUCUUAAAACACGAGAGUUGUAGGGAGAACAGCAAAUGGAGCCAUUCUGAUUCUGACAAAAAGUCCAGAACCCGUAAUCAUAGCCUGGAGAAGAGAGGCUCUGAAAGAAAGGAGGGGAGCAGCAGAAGCCACGGCAGGGAGGAAAGGAGCCGGAGAAGCCAGAGCAGAAGUCCUGGUAGUUACAAGCAAAGGGAGAUAAGGAAACGGCCACAGCGAAGUCCCGGUGAAGAGCAAAGCAGAAGAAAUGACACCAGAAGCCAUGGCACAGAUUUGUAUAGAGGAGAAAAAAUGUACAGAGAGCACCCAGGAGAUACACAUACUAAAGUGACACAAAGAGAAUGAAGCAGAAGUAGAGAAGAAAGACUGUAUGUGACAAUUACCUGGGAAUAAAAAUAUCUCCACUUUUUUACUGAAUACCUUUAGCAAGGGCUAAAUUAUGUACUAUUGUCUUUCCAAUAAAAAAGCUCAAUUUUAAUUUUUCAUCUCUAGACUGUCAGUUCAAGUACAAAACUACAUGAGUACUAUAAGAAUGAAUUUUGCAAAUAUUUGUAAGUAAGCUAUUUUGGGGCUGUAGAAAUAUUUUCUGUUGGUAACUGUUUCUUGUGCCCCAUACCAGAUAAAAACCGCAUACAACUCUGACAUUUUCUUUGUUCUGAAACAUCAUUAAAAGAAUGACAGUACAUUGAAUGGGUAUAAUUUAAUUUUUUCAAUUCAAAUUUGUUAUUCUAGGAUUUGAAUUUGCUUGAAGUGAAUUAUAAUUAUUCAAAUUCAUUAGUAUAAAUUAAACAAGGAUUAAUAAAUCUUUAAGACUUUUAA